CAUCACCACCAUCAAUCUGCAACUAGGCCCUACCUUUACCUGGACACACCUUAAUCCCACUCGAUCCCAGCCCGGAUUAUUCCCCUUUCCCUUCCUUCCUUUCACGGUUUUCGUCACCCUUUUUCCCCACACACACACACACACACUCUCACACACUAGCACCGCAGUACCGCACCCCUCAGUUUCCAACCAACCGAACCAACCAACUGAAAAAAACAGUUGACAGAAAAGAAAAAAGGAAAGAAAAACCUCCCCCGAAAUGAAAAUGGUAGCCUGUUCCAUCCCUAUCCUCCAUUAUUAAUUAAUUCACCCUUAAUUCCUUCAUUUAAUUAACUUCAUUAAAUCCCAUUCUUCUCACACUUUUUAUAAACCUAAGUUGCUUUUACUUCUUUGCUUCUGUUGCUGUUUCCGAUUGAAUUUGUGUAUUUACUUCGAGAAGUUAGUUAUUACUGGUAAUUAAGCCAAAAAAUGCCGGGGUUAGUUUCGGUAAAGACUCCACCGGAAGCUCCGCCACUGAGAAUCGCGGUUCCAGAAGAUUCCAACGGCCAGAUCCGACCCGGUGGGGAGAGAUCCGACUCCGGCAAUGUCAAAACCAACUCGCCGGCUCAGCGAAGGCCUCCAUCACCGUCACCGUCCACUUCGCGGGCGAAGCCGUCGCCGGAUCGGAGCUCCGGAAAGAAGAAGUCGCCUCCUGAGAAGUCACUCAUUGACGAGACUUCUCUUGACAAUCCGGAUCUUGGACCGUUCCUGCUGAAGCUUGCGCGUGAUACUAUUGCUUCCGGCGAGGGUCCGAGCAAGGCGUUGGAUUAUGCUUUGAGAGCUUCUAAGUCUUUUGAGAGGUGUGUGGUUGAAGGAGAGCCGAGCUUGGAUCUGGCUAUGAGCUUGCACGUCGUAGCAGCGAUUUAUUGCAGCUUGGGGAGGUUUGACGAGGCGGUUCCGGUGCUGGAAAGGGCUAUUAAGGUUCCUGAGGUCAGCCGUGGUGCAGAUCACGCGCUCGCUGCUUUUUCUGGAUAUAUGCAGCUGGGGGACACACAUUCCAUGCUCGGUCAGUUGGAUCGGUCUAUCGACUGUUAUAAGGAAGGAUUGAAGAUUCAAAUGGAAGCCUUAGGAGAUACCGACCCCAGAGUCGCGGAGACUUGCCGGUAUUUAGCGGAGGCGCAUGUUCAAGCAAUGCAGUUUGAUGAAGCUGAGAAUUUGUGCAAGAAAACUUUGGAAAUUCACCGUGUGCACAGUCCACCUGCGUCUCUGGAAGAGGCUGCUGACCGUCGGUUAAUGGCUCUCAUAUGUGAGGCUAAAGGUGAUUACGAAGCUGCUUUAGAACAUCUUGUGCUGGCUAGCAUGGCAAUGAUUGCCAAUGGACAAGAAAAUGAGGUUGCGGCAAUUGAUGUUAGCAUUGGCAACAUCUACCUGUCGCUAUCUCGGUUUGAUGAGGCUGUCUUCGCCUACCAGAAGGCACUUACCGUCUUUAAGUCAUCAAAGGGUGACAAUCAUCCUCUAGUAGCCUCUGUUUUUGUAAGACUUGCUGAUUUAUAUUACAAGACAGGAAAACUCAGGGAGUCGAGGUCCUAUUGUGAAAAUGCUCUGCGGAUAUAUGGGAAACCUGUACCAGGAACCACACCAGAAGAGAUUGCCAGUGGGAUGACGGAAAUUUCUGCCAUCUAUGAAUUAUUCAACGAACCCGAGGAAGCUCUCAAACUCUUGCAGAAGGCAAUGAAAUUAAUAGAUGACAAACCAGGGCAGCAAAGUACAAUUGCUGGAAUCGAAGCUCGGAUGGGUGUAAUGUUUUACAUGGUUGGGCAGUAUGAAGCAGCCCGGAGCGCUUUUGAGAGUGCCAUAGUAAAACUAAGAGCUGGUGGUGAGAAGAAAUCAGCCUUCUUUGGUGUAGUCUUAAACCAAAUGGGAUUGGCUUGUGUACAGUUAUUUCGAAUUGAUGAGGCUGCUGAGUUGUUUGAAGAAGCCAGGGAGAUACUUGAACAGGAGUGUGGCCCUUGUCAUCAAGAUACACUUGGUGUCUACAGCAAUCUUGCUGCAACUUAUGAUGCAAUGGGAAGGUAAUCUUGUUGUGCAACACUUCAAAUUCGUAGCAUAAAUUGCAUGCUUAUCAAUUACAUUCCAAAUCUGUUAAGGUUAUCAUCCACCUUUUUUUUUGGUCUACUCUGAUGAAAUGAUGAUAGACUAUUUGACGUCUCAUCUGGGAACAGUUCGAUUACUUGAAACUUCUGGAGUAGUAAAUUAGACCUCGGAAGUCCUGGUUAGACCUAAGACAUAAGAGAGUAGUGGCAAUGAUUGGAGUAACAUAGAACGGCCUUAAAUAGUAUUCUAAAGUUUGAAAACAACAGUUGCAAUCAGCAUUAAAACAGUGUGCAUAGAAAUGAAAAUUUAUUGCUUAUUAGAAAUGUUCAUGGUACAUUGAAAUGGUAGUAUCAAGGUUCCUAGGCUGCAGCUAGAGACAGGGCUGCUGCAAGAGUCAGGGCUUUUAUUAACCUCAUUUUCACUGUUUUGUAGAUUGAUGUUGAAUUUGUGUGGCAAUGCUUUUGAUAAGCUUUCUAAUGCGUGAUUGUUUUGAACUUGCAGAGUUGAAGAUGCGAUCGAGAUCCUUGAGUAUGUUCUAAAAUUGAGAGAAGAGAAGCUGGGAACUGCAAACCCCGACUUUGAUGAUGAAAAGAAGAGACUAGCAGAGCUUUUGAAAGAAGCCGGCAGGUCGCGAAAUAAGAAGGCAAAAUCGCUCGAGAACCUCAUUGACCCUAAUUCUAAACGAACGAAGAAAGAGGCAACAACAAAGAAAUGGUCCCCCUUUGGCUUUAGAAGUUGAUUGAUGGAAUGGUGAUUUUUUUUAAUGUUUUUCUUUUUUUUCAAGUCUAAUAUGUCACACAUUCAUAUUUCAUUGUAACAUAGAUGCAGCAGCAAUGUAUAGAGUUCAUUUUCAUUAUCUGGUGAGGCUUUGUCUUUUUGUUGUUGGCCUUUUGAGUUUUCCAUUUGGUUAUUAUUACUGUGGUCAGUUUAUUCUUCCCAUUGUUUGUGAUCGUAAAAGAUUUAUUGGAAAUUCCAUUCUCAUCGUCCUUUGCUCUUGUGGAAUC